CGGUUCUGGGCAACUUGGGACUGAGGAUCUGCAGCAGGGGCGUGGAUUUGGCGUCUGGACUGGGCCAGGAGGAUGGAAGUCCUCUAUGAAUGUGGAAGCCAUUAACAGAGUAAUUGCUGUCUGUUGCCAUGACAACCAGUCGCUGCAGUCACCUGCCCGAAGUCUUGCCAGACUGCACCAGCUCAGCCGCGCCUGUGGUGAAGACGGUGGAGGAUUGUGGCAGCCUAGUGAAUGGGCAGCCACAGUAUGUCAUGCAAGUUUCAGCCAAGGACGGGCAGCUGCUGUCAACAGUAGUGCGGACUCUUGCCACCCAGAGCCCCUUCAAUGACCGGCCAAUGUGCAGGAUCUGCCAUGAGGGCAGCAGCCAAGAGGACUUACUCUCUCCAUGUGAAUGUACUGGAACCUUGGGGACAAUCCAUCGGAGCUGCCUGGAGCACUGGCUGUCAUCCUCAAAUACCAGCUACUGUGAACUCUGCCACUUCAGGUUUGCAGUGGAGCGCAAACCCAGGCCGUUAGUGGAGUGGCUUAGAAACCCUGGCCCCCAGCAUGAGAAGCGGACUCUGUUUGGAGACAUGGUGUGCUUCUUGUUUAUAACGCCUCUGGCUACCAUCUCAGGCUGGCUGUGCCUGCGGGGGGCCGUGGACCACCUGCACUUUAGUAGUCGGCUGGAAGCCGUCGGACUCAUUGCUCUCACUGUGGCACUCUUCACCAUUUACCUCUUCUGGACACUGGUGUCAUUUAGGUACCACUGUCGAUUGUACAAUGAAUGGCGUCGGACCAAUCAGAGGGUGAUUCUCCUCAUUCCAAAGUCUGUCAACGUACCUUCUAACCAGCAGUCCUUGCUGGGGCUCCACUCAGUCAAGAGGAACUCAAAGGAGACAAUUGUUUGAUGUCUGUGUGGUCAGUUGGUGGACUCGUUGUUUGGGGUUUGGAAGUCUCUGUACUGGGGCCAUGUGCUGAGCCACCCCAAAGCCCAUCCUUUAGUCUUUGGGUCAUCUGGAGCCAUGUUACCACAUUGCCUGAGUGAAGAGCUCGGCCAGAAGGAAACAAUGCUGUUUGACUUCGAAAUCAUGGAUGCUGCACUCAUAUGAUACUUGCUAAGCUGCCAAACAUGUCUAUUUAGCAGAUACUGUAUGGAAUUUUCUGAACACCUCUUGAACAUAUGAGGAAGGUUGUCCUGCUGAGGAUGCGAUUCAAUUCUUCCUUUUUUAUUACUAUCUCAGAUAUAUAUAUAUAUAUAUAUAUAUAAAUAUAUAAUUUAGAUGAUAAUCAAAAUUGGAAAGCCAAUGUACAAACUGGUUUCUUGGUUUGGAUGGGUUUUAUUUGGGUUAGUUUAUUCAUUUCCCCAGUUUCUACUGUGGAUUCUUUGGUGGCUAACUUGAUAGCCUGAGUGGUCUUUUUCAUCUCUUUUAUGUCCCUUAUUCAAAUUGUUCAGCAUAAUUACUGCAGAACAAGUCACAUUGGAAGGGUGUUUUGUACUAAACCUCAUUCAUUUAUUCAGUUUUUAAAGGGAAAAAAGGCGUGGCAGCUCACCACUCGGUGAGCUGUUUAUUUAAAUAUUAAGGAGGAAGCCGGCAGUGAGGAGCUCCCUCCUUCCCACUUGUUUGGUACUGACAGCUGAUAGAAGCUAUUUUCUAAUAAUAAAUAUCUGGUGUGUGAAAG